AACUUACUGUCAUUAAACCAGUUGAUGACAGGGUGGGGAAUGCCUCAGUUUCUCCCACCCUCGAGGGCCUAUAGGACUACAGUUCCCAGGGCCCCGUGCUGCAGGCUAGCGGCCUCCCGCCAGUGCCGGCCAGUAACCUGAGCAUCUCCAAAAGGUCACUUCAGAGCUCCUUGAGGGACAGCAACAGGGGGAGCCCAGAGCUGCUCAGCUUCGGUGGGGGUGGAGUGAGGGCUGUGGCCCUGCCUCACACAACCUCCCUACAAUGCAGGGUCGUGGGCCCCUUUCUCAAAGACAUCCAGUGGCCUCUGCUAGUUGCACCUCUUCCGUCAGGGGACACUGACUUGGCUCCUGCACCACAGCCUGCAGGGGGUCCUUGUUCCUUUUGCCACAACACAUGGCCUCCCAUCCUGGUUCAGCCACCGACAGACAGCUCCCCAGUCCAACACUCUACCUGCUCCUUCUUGUAUCCAACCCUCCAAAAGGCAGGGACAAGGGACAGAAGACCAUGUGCAAGGCCUGGAGGAAGUGGGUCAGCACAGGCCUGUGAACAAGCCAGGCCAGUCUUGGCGGCCCAAGUGGAGCUCACCUCUCCCUCCCCUCUCCUCUCCUCCGCUUACCCUGAAAAUAGCUCCCUGAGCUGCCAGGCCAAGACCCUCCCAUUGCAGGGGAGGCGGGGUGUGCUGCCCAGCGCCAGGCUUUAAAUCCCCUUGAGGCUGGGGAGCUCCACUCCUUGGCUGGAGGCAGUGCUGAGGCCACCGGCCCCUCCACCAUCAGUCCAGUCCGGCCCGCCCUCCUGCAGCCAUGUCCCGGCCCCUGUCAGACCAAGAGAAAAGAAAGCAAAUCAGUGUGCGUGGCCUGGCCGGCGUGGAGAACGUGACUGAGCUGAAAAAGAACUUCAACCGGCACCUGCAUUUCACACUUGUAAAGGACCGCAAUGUGGCCACCCCACGAGACUACUACUUUGCGCUGGCCCAUACCGUGCGCGACCACCUCGUGGGGCGCUGGAUCCGCACGCAGCAGCACUACUAUGAGAAGGACCCCAAGAAGAUCUCCGGGGGCUGGCAGAUGGAGGAGGCUGAUGACUGGCUUCGCUAUGGCAACCCCUGGGAGAAGGCCCGGCCUGAGUUCACACUACCUGUGCACUUCUACGGCCAUGUGGAGCACACCAGCCAGGGAGCCAAGUGGGUGGACACACAGGUGGUACUGGCCAUGCCCUAUGAUACACCCGUGCCUGGCUAUCGCAACAACGUCGUCAACACCAUGCGCCUCUGGUCUGCCAAGGCUCCCAAUGACUUCAACCUCAAGGACUUCAACGUCGGUGGCUACAUCCAGGCUGUGUUGGACCGAAACCUGGCGGAGAACAUCUCUCGUGUCCUGUAUCCCAAUGAUAAUUUCUUCGAGGGGAAGGAGCUGCGGCUGAAGCAGGAGUAUUUCGUGGUGGCUGCCACCCUCCAGGACAUCAUCCGUCGCUUCAAGUCUUCCAAGUUCGGCUGCCGUGAUCCCGUGCGCACAAACUUCGAUGCCUUCCCAGAUAAGGUGGCCAUCCAGCUCAAUGACACCCACCCCUCCCUGGCCAUCCCCGAGCUGAUGAGGAUCUUGGUGGACCUGGAGCGGAUGGACUGGGACAAGGCGUGGGAUGUGACAAUGAGGACCUGUGCCUACACCAACCACACGGUGCUGCCCGAGGCCCUGGAGCGCUGGCCGGUGCACCUCUUGGAGACGCUGCUGCCGCGGCACCUCCAGAUCAUCUAUGAGAUCAACCAGCGCUUCCUCAACCGGGUGGCGGCCGCAUUCCCAGGGGACAUAGACCGGCUGCGGCGAAUGUCGCUGGUGGAGGAGGGUGCAGUGAAGCGCAUCAACAUGGCACACCUGUGCAUUGCGGGUUCGCAUGCUGUCAACGGCGUGGCGCGCAUCCACUCCGAGAUCCUCAAGAAGACCAUCUUCAAAGACUUCUAUGAGCUGGAGCCUCAUAAGUUCCAGAAUAAGACCAACGGCAUCACCCCUCGGCGCUGGCUAGUUCUGUGUAACCCCGGGCUGGCAGAGGUCAUUGCUGAGCGCAUCGGGGAGGACUUCAUCUCCGACCUGGACCAGCUGCGCAAACUGCUCUCCUUUGUGGAUGAUGAAGCUUUCAUUCGGGAUGUGGCCAAAGUGAAGCAGGAAAACAAGUUGAAGUUUGCUGCCUACCUAGAGAGGGAAUACAAAGUCCACAUCAACCCCAACUCACUCUUCGACAUCCAGGUGAAGCGGAUUCACGAAUAUAAACGACAGCUCCUCAACUGCCUCCAUGUCAUCACCCUGUACAACCGCAUCAAGAGGGAGCCCAAUAAGUUUUUUGUGCCUCGGACUGUGAUGAUUGGAGGGAAGGCUGCACCUGGGUACCACAUGGCCAAGAUGAUCAUCAAACUCAUCACAGCCAUCGGGGAUGUGGUCAACCAUGACCCCGCAGUGGGUGACCGCCUCCGUGUCAUCUUCCUGGAGAACUACCGAGUCUCACUGGCCGAGAAAGUGAUCCCAGCUGCAGACCUCUCUGAGCAGAUCUCCACUGCGGGCACUGAAGCCUCAGGCACCGGCAACAUGAAGUUCAUGCUCAACGGGGCUCUGACCAUUGGCACCAUGGACGGGGCCAAUGUGGAGAUGGCAGAAGAGGCGGGAGAGGAAAACUUCUUCAUCUUUGGCAUGCGGGUGGAGGAUGUGGAUAAGCUUGACCAAAGAGGGUACAAUGCCCAGGAGUACUACGAUCGCAUUCCUGAGCUUCGGCAGGUCAUUGAGCAGCUGAGCAGUGGCUUCUUCUCCCCCAAACAGCCCGACCUGUUCAAGGACAUUGUCAAUAUGCUCAUGCACCAUGACCGGUUUAAAGUCUUCGCAGAUUACGAAGACUACAUUAAAUGCCAGGAGAAAGUCAGCGCCUUGUACAAGAACCCAAGAGAGUGGACGCGGAUGGUGAUCCGGAACAUAGCCACCUCUGGCAAGUUCUCCAGUGACCGCACCAUUGCCCAGUAUGCCCGGGAGAUCUGGGGUGUGGAGCCUUCCCGCCAGCGCCUGCCAGCCCCGGAUGAGGCCAUCUGAGCCUCCAGACCAGACCCCAAACCAGCCCUUGAGCCUGUCACAAUCCCUUGGGCCAGCCCCAGCACCUCAUGCAGAGGGUGGGGUACUGGAGUUAGAUCUCUAAGCCCCCUCCUGGAACCCUCAUUUUCCCCACUCUCAAUGUCCCAGUGUCCAGCGUGACUAAGGACACGGGCCCCCUUCCUUCCUCGGGCUCCGAGUCCCCUCCUAUUUAUGGGGUCUGACCAACUGCACCCAUUCCCCAAUAAACUGAUUCUCCUUGGGAGCCUCCUUA